UAUUAUCACUUGAAAACAAUUGAAUAUAAAAUUAAAAUAAUUAUUUUUUAUUGAAUUUGUAAUCAUAUGGAUAAUCACUGAUAUAUUAUAUAACAUAACAUAUUAUCCAUAUAUUAAUAAAUCAAAUGAACUGAUCCACAACAACAACAACAAGAUUUGCAAUCGAGAGAGAGAUUGAGAGAAGAGUGGUCACUGAUGUCCAYCGCAUUUACCGAAGAUUUGGUCAACAAAAGUGGUGACAAACAAAUUGAAAAGCCGUGUGAUAUCGACAUUAGCCGUUGAACUGACCACUUGUUAUUGUAGUAGUAGUAGUAGUAGUCAUACAAACUAAACAAUGAUUGGUUUCAAUCCGUCGGCUAAGACACGUCCGGACAAGAAGUGGCAACCGUCGGGCGUUACGUGGCGUCACGCGACUGCCGGUGCUGUUAGCGGUUGCGCCACUCGUUUUAUUUGUCAACCGYUGGAUAUCAUUAAAAUACGAUUUCAAUUACAACUGGAACCGAUUCGCCGACACAGUGUAUCAUCGAAAUACCGGUCGAUACCGCACGCCGUCCGCACAAUUGUAGCCGAAGAAGGUUUCCGAGCCCUCUGGAAGGCCCAUCUCUGUGCCCAAGCGUUGUCCGCCGUCUACGGUAUGAUACAGUUUUCAUCGUUCGAGUUGUACACCGAAGCCAUGAAUCGUUCGUGGCUUAUGGACAGUGACCGCCAACGGGAAUUUGCUCGCCGACAUCAACACACCGUACACUUUCUCUGCGGAUCGAUGGCCGGCUUCAGUGCCACACUGGCCGCCCAUCCACUAGAUGUGAUCCGAACGCGUUUGAUAGCGCAGUCCGAACCGCGUACUUAUCGCUCAACACCGCACGCCUUUCGCAUGAUUGUUGGCCGCGAAGGUCUACGCGGACUGUUUCGCGGUUUGGUUCCGACACUCGUCCAGAUUGCACCGUACACUGGYAUGCAGUUUACGGUCUACAAUACGGUCUACAAUCUAUUUGAUAACAUAUCCGAAAAGAGUUCGAUAAACAAAUUGAUAAAACUAACCGAAGAUGACGAUCCCGAUCAUCAGACACACAACUCGUGGAUACAUUUUGAGAAAACCUUUGUCUGCGGUGCCAUUUCCGGACUGUUAGCCAAACUGACUGUCUAUCCGCUUGAUUUGAUUAAAAAACGACUACAAGUCGAAGGUUUUCAGAAUUCGCGUCGCGGUUUCGGCGCAGUGGCCACCUAUAAAGGUCUGGUCGACUGUAUUGUUCAGAUURUACGCCAGGAACGGAUGCUUGCCUUCUAUAAGGGUCUAACUCCUAGUCUAGUGAAGGCCGCACUGGUUACGGCUUUUCAUUUUUCGCUCUACGAAAAUGCCUACAAAUUUUUGUCGUCCAUUUGAAUUUACCGACCCGUUAAGUGAAACAGUGGACAGACAUUAAACAAACAAAACAAAACAAAAAGGUUUUACAUUUCACAAGUAUUAUUAUACUUACCGUAGUAUUGUAUUGACUGUAUUUCUAUGUAUGUCUGUCUAUAUGUGUGUGACUAUUACGAUCAAUAUUUGUCACCCGAAUUGAACUGAAAUUUGAAAUGAAAA